CCAAAAAAAAUAAAAAGUGUUUGCAUGGUGUACUCUAUUGUGAACGGUAAUCAAUAACAAGAAGAAGCAUUCAGUUUGAUUUUAUUUAAAUUGUCGUAAACACAUAAAAAUGAGUAACAAAUGGAAAUCUUGCUUAAUCGACGAAAUGAUAACGGAAUUAGCAAUCAGUCGUCAAUCUAUGGCCCAGCAAUCGAAUAUAAUUUCAGACAUCAUUGAUAAGUCAAAUAAUAUUUUGCUGCAAAUUGAAGCUACUCGCGGUAGCACAAACAACCCCAACACAAAUACGAAUAACUCCACAAAGAAAACAUAUACCUGUAAAAAGGAAACCGUACAGACCCUGGCUAAAAUAAUUGAAAAUGCUCCUCAAAUGUUUAGCGCCAACAUGCAAACACUCGCAGCUGGUUUGAGCCAAAACAGUGACCAAUUUGAACAGUAUCUGGAACAGAGCCAUCAACGCGCCGAGUAUCUAAGUAGCUGUGUUAGAAAAUUGCUCGCUGUAGGCGACACACUGACGCAAAUAAAAACAGUUGUACAUGAGGAAUCUGAUGGUGAUGAUGAUAAUUCGAUAGCACUUGAACCAUCGAGUGAAUAAUAUUUAGACAUUAUUAAAAAAAUCACAAAUCAAUAAUUUAUCUGUGUAUUUUAUAUUAUAAAAAGUAUUUACAUGUUGGAAACGGUGUUUAAUAAAUAUGUGAUUAAAUUCAUAAAA